UGCGGGGAGAAAAACCCGUUCGGCUUGGACGGCGUGGCCGACGUGAUGAUGUCAUCGAAAGCGUGAUGACGUCACCGGAGCGUUGAGUGAAGCCGGAAGUGAGUUGGUAGCCUCGUAGUAGCAAUACGGACUAUCAGGAGGAGUACGGACUAGCAGGAGGAGUACGUGCUAGCAGGAGGAGUACGGACUAGCAGGAGGAGUACGGACUAUCAGGAGGAGUACGGGCUAGCAGGAGGAGUACGGGUUAGCAGGAGGAGUACGGGCUAGCAGGAGGAGUACGGACUAGCAGGAGGAGUACGGGUUAGCAGGAGGAGUACGGACUAGCAGGAGGAGUACAGGCUCUCAGGAGGAGUACGGGUUAGCAGGAGGAGUACGGGCUAGCAGGAGGAGUACGGACUCGCAGGAGGAGUACGGGUUAGCAGGAGGAGUACGGGCUAUCAGGAGGAGUACGGACUCGCAGGAGGAGUAGGGACUCGCAGGAGGAGUACCGACUCGUAGCAACAGCAGCAGCAGGGAUUGUGGAGUAGAGGCGACUACAGCAGGCGAAAGGAACUCUCUGUCCGACAUGAAUCGACUGUUCGGUCGCGCUAAGCCCAAAGGGCCUCCGCCCAACCUCACCGACUGCAUCCAGAGUGUCGAGGGACGGGGCGAGUCCAUCGACAAGAAGAUCGCACGCCUGGAAGCCGAACUCAAGAAGUACAAGGACCAGAUGGCGAAGAUGCGCGACGGCCCUUCCAAGAACAUGGUGAAGCAAAAGGCCCUGCGGGUUCUCAAGCAGAAGCGCAUGUACGAAGGUCAGAGAGACCAGCUCAGCCAACAGGCGUUCAACAUGGAACAGGCCAACUACACCAUCCAGACCCUGAAAGACACCAAGACCACGGUGGACGCCAUGAAGGUGGGAGCCAAGGAGAUGAAGAAAGCCUACAAGAAGGUGAACAUCGACCAGAUCGAGGACCUGCAAGACCAGAUGGAGGACAUGAUGGAGGACGCCAGCGAGAUCCAGGACUCGCUGAGCCGGAGCUACGGCACCCCCGAGGUGGACGACGAUGACCUCGAGGCAGAGUUGGCGGCGCUGGGGGAUGAGAUGCUCGCCGAUGAAGACACCUCCUACCUGGACGAGGCGUCGUCGGCUCCUGCCAUCCCGUCCGGCCUGCCGGGCGACAAGAGCGUCACCAAGGACGGGGUUCUGGUCGACGAGUUUGGGCUGCCGCAGAUCCCGGCGACAUAGACGGUGCGGACGGUACGGACGGAGGGGCGCCGUGCAGAUUGACAGCUCCCUCGCUCGCGGCUCUCCCCUCUCAACUUCCCCCCUCUCUGUCUCUCCUCUCAUCUCCCCUCUCCAUCUCCCUUCUCCCCUUCCCCCUCUCU